AUGAGUCUCCUCGAUGACGGCACCACCUCUUGGAUGCUGUCUCCUCCGCCGCCGCUCAGCACAGUGGCUGCUGUCCAGACUCCAACAGUCCUCGCACCAGAACGAGUGACGGAGAAUGGCCUUGUAGACUGGAAUAAACAGGCAACUUGGUCCUUCCAAGGAAUGGACCCGCACGCCAUUAGCCAGGUGUGCAAAGACGCAAGAGAUGUUGUGAAGAAGCAUUGCGUCGCCUUCCGGGGGAAGAAUACCACCCCCAUCACGACCAAGGGGCCGGUCGUUGCAGUUCUUGAUGAUGGCAUCACCACUCCCCAGAAGAUUCCACUCAAAAUGCUCCUGCAAGAGUCGAAGGACCUUGGAAAGAAACUAGACUCUUUCAGUCUAUUCAAAGAGCUCCCACAGGAGCUUCAGGACGAAAUUUGGAAAUUUGCUGUCCAGACCCUUGCUGUCUUGGCACCUCAGCAGUAUGUGCCACGGCAGCUCUCAAACGGCGCUCGACCACUGAACGCCAACCUCUCCACCUAUCUCUCUCGCUUUGUGGGCUAUAACGGCCCUGAGAUCAACGAUGAACGACGCUGCACUUUCGUGCAGCAUAGAGAGAGGGAGUUGUGCAAGAUUGUGGCAGAGGAUGCCUUCGCCAACGGCUCUCCACGGAUUCACUUCCUGCCACUCUACUCCCCUUACCGGGAGUAUUACGCCGACGCCAGCGAAGAUCGAGCCGUUGAGCAUGCUGCCUGCCAUCAUGAGCUCACAUCGCGCGAUGCCGUCACAGAUGACCAGAGUGAGAAGAUUUGCCGGCCCCCGCCGGCCAUGACGGAAAUGAGCUCACAUGUCGUGACGAUGUUACCGAUGAACAAAUCAAGAACGAACUCGAUAAUGCGUGGCAGUGUCUAG